AUGUCUGAAAGAGUUACACGAACUCGAAAUGCAAGUGUUGCGCGAAAACGAUAUGGAGAUGAAUUUGAACAAGUUCCACUGAAAAGGCCGUAUAAUAAAAGUGAAGUGAGUUGGAUUUUUAAUGGUUAGGAGAGGUUUUCUGGUGAAAAUUUGAUAUUUUCAAGCUUAAAAACCUGAAAUAGCUCAAUUUUCAGUGUUUUUCUGGUAAAAUUCACAGAAAAAUGCUUCCAGGGUUGAAAAAUCCUGAAAUUUAACUAGAAAUGCGUCUGAAAACUUGAAAAACUCGAAUUUCCAUGAAAAUUGAUUAAAAUUUCACUGAAAAAUUGAAUUUUUAGGCAAAAAAUAGCAUUUCUCAUGAAAACUCGUAUUCUAGGGUUGGAAAUUCUUGAAAUUUCACUGAAAAAUAGGAUUUUUGGUCAUAAAUUAGCAUUUUUCAUGAAAAAUCGUAUUCUAGGGUUGAAAAUCCUUAAAAUUUCACUGAAAAAUUGAAUUUUUGGUCAAAAAUUAGCAUUUUUCAUGAAAAAUCGUAUUCUAGGGUUGAAAAUCCCUGAAAUUUCACUGAAAAAAAGCAUUUUCGGUGAAAAAUUAGCAUUUCCUGUGAAAAAUCGUAUUCUAGAGUUAAAAAUCCUUGAAAUUUCACUGAAAAAUUGAAUUUUUCAUGAAAAAUCGUAUUCUAGGGUUGAAAAUUCUUGAAAUUUCACUGAAAAAUUGAAUUUUUGGUCAAAAAUUAGCAUUUUUCAUGAAAAAUCGUAUUCUAGGGCUGAAAAUCCCUGAAAUUUCACUGAAAAAUUGAAUUUUGCAAACUCAAAAGCAUUUUUCAUGAAAAAUCUUAUCUUAGGGUUGAAAAUCCCUGAAAUUUCACUGAAAAAUUGAAUUUUUCAUUUAAAAAUCACAUCAUAGACUUCAAAAAUCCCCAAAUUUCUUUCAGCCCUCCACAAUCAAAGUAAAAGUUCCUCCCUCCUCUUCUUCAACCAAAAAAGACACUCCAAAAUUCGUCAAAAAUCUCUCGCAAAAAUCCGGUGCCAAAGAGUUCACAACAAGUUCGGAAGACUCGGAAAUCGAUGUGACUGGAGACUGUGUUCUGCCAAAAAUCACUGCGUCGGGCGAGGAAAUAGUGUGCAAAAAUGAGAGAACACCGACGAAAAAUGAGGAUUUUGGACAAGAAGAUGAUGAAGAUGAAGAAGAGGAACAGCAGGAUGGUGGACAUAUGGAUACAGAAAUGGUUUUUAGCAGUUUUCCUUGUCAUGUUAUUCCGGAUACACUUGUUAGAUUGACAAAGACACCGGUUGAUGGAGAACAUUUGGAGGUAUAUUUGAAAAGCUGAAAAUUUGCGAAAUUUCGAGCCCAAAAUCGUGAUUUUUGAUGGAUUUUGAGCUCAGCUACCAAAAAUGCGCCAGCAAGAGUCUAGAUUGACCUGUUGUAGCUAGAAAUCGUAUUAUUUUGACCUACAAAAUAUACGUCAACAAAAGCUUGUGUUGACGCAUGUUUUGUAGGUCAUAAUCUUGUAAUUAUGAGCUACCAAAAAUGCGUCAGCAAAGAUCUCGAUUGACGUGUUUUAUGCAGCUCAAAAUCGUAUUAUUUUGACCUACGAAAUAUACGUCAGCAAAAGCUUGUGUUGACGCAUGUUUUGUAGGCCAAAAUCUUGUAAUUAUGAGCUACAAAAAAUGCGUCAGCAAGAGGCGCGUCUUUUGCAGCUCAAAAUCCCACGAUUUUUACCUACCAAAAAUGCGUCAGCAACAUACUCUACUGGCACACUUUUUGUAGACCAACAUUGAAUUUCAGGUCAGAAAAAUGGCGAAUGGUCGACUUCGAAUUCUUGUAGCUGGUAUGAAAACCUACACGGUAAGUCAUUUUUUUUUUCAAAAAAUUUGCCACGUGUCUCACAUUUUUUGUGAUCUCUGGCGCCAUGUUAUUUUUGGCACCCCAACAAAAAAUUGUGUUCCUUGGGUGGUCCCGUGGGUCACAUUUCAACAUUUUCUUCACAUUUUUCACAAAAAAGUUUUUUUCAAACUUUUUUUGAGGGAAAAAAUUUGUGAAAAAAUUUGCGAAGGCGAAAAUUUAUGCUGAAAGUGUGAAUUUUGUAGCUAAAAUUGAGCAGGGACCAUUUUUCCGGCUGAAAUUCGAGAAAAAUCGGAUUUUUCAUGAAUCUAGUUCAAAAAAACCUGUAAAAUUCAUUUUUUCAUGAAUUUAGGCUUGAAAUUCACCGAAAAGCUUAAUUUUCAGCUCAAAAAAACCUGAAAAGUUCAUUUUUUCAUGAAUCUUGGCUUAAAAUUUGCCAUUUUCAUAAUUUUCAGCCUGAAAUUCGUUAAAAACCAUAUUUUCAGCUCAAAAAACCUGUAAAAUUCAUUUUUUCAUGAAUCUUGGCUUAAAAUUGGCCAUUUUCAUGAUUUUUAUUUCAAAAACCCUGGAAAUUCACAAAAAAUACUAUAAAAGCUCAAUUUUCAUGAUUUUCAGUCUGAAAUCACUCCAAAAUUUAAUUUUAAGCCCAAAAAUCCCCCCUAGGCUUAAAAUUGGCCAUUUUUCAUGAUUUUUACCUCUAAAUCACCCAAAAGUCCAUCCCAAAUCCAAAAAUCUCAAAAUCUGUUCCAGCCCUACUCCACAAUGACUCAUCGUCCUUGCAUCGUUUGUAAUCGUCAAAUGACAUGCGGUGAAAUGCACCUCAAUUUUCCCGCCGAUUUGGAUCGCCGUCGAAUUUGGGCAAAUCUCCUGGGCUUCAAAUACAAGGAUAUUUUACGGUCGAAAAUCGGCCCCGUCACUUUAUCUGUAGCCGGCGGACCGAUUUGUACCGAACAUUUUUCCGAGGAAUGUUUCCGGAAUCACAAUUUCAACAAGGCUGCCAUUGAGGCUUUUGGUGUGCCGGUUGCGAUUUCGCCCGAUGUUAAGACGACGCCGAGUAAGAAGAGGUGAGGUUUUGGGGGAAAAAGAGCCUGACUAGGCCUAAAAUGAGCCUAGAUAUGCUAAAAUCCAUGAAAAUUGAGCCUAAAUAGGCUUAGAAUGCCUCUAAAAAUGUUUUGAAGAGCCUAAAAUGAGCCUAGAUCAGGCCUAACCUGAGAAAGCUCAAUAUGGGCCCAAAUAUGCUAAAAUUCAUGCAAAUUGGGCCUAGAAACGGUGAACAUGAGCCCCAAUAGGCCUAGGAUGAAUUUCAAGCUGAAAAUGUCCAAAAAUUGCUGAAAUCUUGAAUUUUCACCUAAAAUUCACUGAAAAUGAUGAAUUUUGACCCAAUUUCCAUUCAAAAAUGGUCCGAAAAUUCUUUAAUCUUUUUGGGAUUAUAUUUUGUGUUUCCAAAAAAAAAAUCUAAUAAUAAACACUUGUGUCUUUCUUUCUUUCUUUUUUGUGCCCUUAUUAGAUGUAUUUAUUUAUUUUAUUUUAAGUAAACUUUGGUCUCUUUUGGAGAAAAUGGGGGUUGAAAAUGGCCUACAAAAUAUGCGUCAGCGAAAUUGCUUGUUGACGCGUUUUUUGUAGACCGAAAACAAAGAAAACUGACCUACAAAAUAUGCGCCAGCGAAAUUGCUUGUUGACGCGUUUUUUGUAGACCAGAAACAAAGAAAAUUGGGCUACAAAAUUUGCGUCAGCAAAAUUGCUUGUUGACUCGUUUUUUGUAGACCAAAAACAAGGAAAAUUGGCCUACAAAAUAUGCGUCAUCGGAAUGCUUGUUGACGCGUUUUUUGAAGCUCUUAAAACCUGAUCUACAACCUGCAAAAUAUGCGUCAACUAAGAGUUUCACUGACGUGUUUCUUGUACCUUGAAAACCUGCAAAAAUUGUUUCAGAAAAGCUUUGAAUUGACGCAUAAUUUGUAGCUAGAUGAUUGUUACAAAUUUCGCGUCAACUAAGAGUUAUACUGGCGUGUUUCUUGUAACUUGAAAAUCUCAUAAAAAAUCAACACUGACGCAUUUUCUUCCAGAGUCCCAUGGGUUUGCACAAUCUGUCCAUUCAACACGUGUGACGUCACCGAACUCCGUGAUCAUUUAGUUGAACACACUGACGAAAUGAUGAAAGAUCAAUUGAACUCUCUGCAUGCUCCACCAGCCGGUUUCAUGUGUCCAUUCUGCCGUAAAUGCACCUACGGCUAUCGCACAGUUUCCGGAUUCCGCCGACAUUUGCUAACUCCACCAGUUCAACAUUGUCACCUGCGCAGGAUCUAUGAAUUCGCCAAAAUGAAUUGUCGCGCGUCGGAAUUGGAGCCGAUUGAUUCGUGGGAGAAGUGGACGAGACGCAAUGUUUAUGUGGCUUAUCAUGGAUGUGAACCGCCGGUUGAUGAGAUUGUAUUGACACCGUCGCCAACGAAGAAAUCCGGGGGAAAGGUUGGUGUUUUUGCUGGAUUUUAGGCGAGAUUUGGAGCAUUUUGAUACCAAACACUCUACAAAAUUCGCGCCAGCAGGAAUAUAGAUUGACGUGUUUUUUGUAGCCCAAAAUCCCAAUAUUUUGACCUACAGAAAAUGCGUCAACAAGAAUGUGGACUGACGUGUUUUUAUCCCCUGCAAACAUCGACGUUGACACGAUUUUUGUAGCCCAGAAGAAGCUAUUUCUCGACCCACACAAUUCGCGCCAGCAGGAAUAUAGAUUGACGUAUUUUUUGUAGCCCAAAAUCCCAUUAUUUUGACCUACAGAAAAUGCGUCAACAAGAAUGUGGAUUGACGUGUUUUUUCCCCUGCAAACAUCGACGUUGACACGAUUUUUGUAGCCCAGAAGAAGCUAUCUCUCGACCUACAAAAUUUGCGUCAACAAGAAUGUAGAUUGACGUGUUUUUUGUAGUAGAAAAACAUCUGCAAAAUUAGCGUCAACAAAGCCUGAAAUCUCAUCAUUUUGAGCUACAAAAUCUACGUCAACAAAGCAACAUUGACGCAUUUUUUGUAGACCUACAAAAAAUACGCCAACCCAAACUCUUCACUGACGCAUUAUUUUCAGCAACGCUUCGACCCGAAACGUCAAGCCGGUCAAUCAACAUCCGGUGCAGUUCGAUCACUCUCAUUUGGCAAUGAGCCAACUUCAGCUGGUGGAGCAAGUGCGCUCCAACGCAAAUCCCAUCUCCUUCCCAACAAUCCACCCAAAAAUGAGCCAAUUCAAGAGGAAUUGGAUGAAAAACCAUUGCUCAUGUUAGUUUUUCACCCAAAAAAAUGUGUUAAAAUGCUCAAAAAUCUCUGAAUUUUCAGCCCGCCACCACCAAUUUCCACAGAUGGUUCACAAACUUCAACAUCCACAUCUUCGCCCACAAAAAAACCACAAAAUGAGCCGAAAAAAGAGCCGAAAGUCGAUGACGUGGCAUUUGCGCAAAUGAUUGAGAAACGGGCCAAAAAUCUGCAACGAUUGAUGAAUGCCAAAAAGCCCACAACUCAACAGGCUGUCAAGCCCAGAAAGCCCAAUUUUACGCUGAAAAUGGGAGCAGCUGCUGGAACGGUACGGGGGGAAAUGAGCGAAAUUUUGAGAUUUUUAGUGAAUUUUGAUGGUUUUUAGUCAAAAAAUCUGAAAAUUUAGCUGGAAAUCAUUGAUUUUCACUCAAUUUUAUGCUGAAAUUUGAGAUUUUCAGUGAAAAUUUGACCCAGAAUGUGAAUUUUGAAGGUUUUCAGCCAAAAAAUAUGAAAAUUUAGCUGGAAAUCACUGAUUUUCAAUCACUUUUAUUGAGAUUUUCAGCAAAACAUCGGCAAUUUUUUAUCCCGGAAAAAUUAGGUUUCAAAAAUUUUAGAAAUUUUUUUGAGAUUUUUGGAAAUUGUUAUUCAUGGGAAUUAGCUUUUCUAUAAAAUUAUUGAAAAUUUAGCUGAAAAUCCUGACAGUUUCAUGCUGAAAUUUGGUUUUAGAUCUAAAAAUGCUUAAAAAUUGAUUUCUGGGUAAAAACUUGUAGAAAAUCCCGAUUUCCAGCCAAAAAUCCCGAUUUUCAGAGCGAAAUCAAGCCAAAAAUCGAAGGAAUUGUGAAAGAAGAAGUUGUUUUGGAAGACGAAAGACCGUUGAAAUCGGUUUUGGCUCGAAGUUUUGCGGCCGGCGAAAAACCAUCGAUGGAAAAAUACAAAUUGACACCACAAAUAAUGGCUGAAGAGAUGAAAAAACAACAACAAUACGCGAUGCCGCCGCAACCGCAACCGAAAAUUGUCAAAAAAUCCGAGAUUAUUGUGCGAAGAUUUGGUGGCGGUGGUGGGGUUUUGGGCGGAAAACGACCAAUGAUUUUGUCGUCGCCGAGAAGUGAGUGAUUUUGGGCGGGAAAUGAGCCAAAUUUCGAGAUUUUUGAGCAAAAAUGAGCCAGGAAGCGUGGAUUUUUGACCUACAAAAUUUGCGUCAACAAAUAACCUUAUUGACGUGUUUUUUGUAGCUCGAGAAACUCCUUUAUUUGACCUACAAAAUUUGCGCCAGCAAAUACCCUUAUUGACGUGUUUUUUACCCUGAAAACCUUCUUAUUUGACCUACAAAAUAUGCGUCAACAAAUACCCUUAUUGACGUGUUUUUCGUAGCUCGAAAACCAACCUUAUUUGACCUACAAAAUAUGCGUCAGCAAAUACCCGUAUGGACGUGUUUUUUGUAGCCUAAACGCCCCUUUAUUUGACCUGCAAAAUAUGCGCAAGCAGAUACUCUUAUUGACGUGUUUUUUGUAGCUCAAAAACCUUUGUAUUUAAUCUACAAAACUUACGUCAGCAAAUAUCCUUAUUGACGUGUUUUUGUAGCUCGAAAACCUUCUUAUUUGACCUACAAAAUUUGCGCAAACAAAAUCUAGAUUGACGCAAAUUUAGCAGGUUUUGGUUUUCCCAUUUGAAGUCAAAUUUUAUUUUUUUGUUUGUUUACAAAACUUGGGUUCCCUUAUCUUAUCAUUGCACUUUUUUUGCAAAAAAAAAUUAUUUUUCUAAAUUUUUUCAAAACAAAAAUUGAUUUUCAGCUAAAAAUCUCAAAUUUUCAGCAAAAAUCGUGCCAAAACCCGAAGCUGCGCGUGAAAAAUCGAUAACUCCGCCCACACAACAACUUGCACAAACUCCCAAAAAUGAGCCGGUGCCUGAGCCAACUACUCAACCCGAGCCCGAAAUUCAAGCGGAGCCCGAAAAAUCGACGGCUGCUCCACCAAUGAUGACAUUGGCGGAUGCGUUGGCGAAACAAGGAGAAUCGGAAGAGGAUCCGAAUUUGGAUGCGAAUUUGGAGGAAUUGUUGAAAGAUGUGAGGUUUUGGGGGGUUUAAAAUGAGCUCUGGAGCAUUUUCUGAGUGAAAAUUUGGAUUCUGGAGUGAUUUUUGACCCUGGAAUCGAUUUUUGAGCUGAAAAUGAGCUUUGGAGCAUUUUCUAACUGAAAAAUUGGAUUCUGGAGUGAUUUUUGACCCCGGAAUCGAUUUUUGAGCAGAAAAUGAGCUUUGGAGCAUUUUCUGAAGGAAAAAUUGGAUUCUGGAGUCAAAAAUGAGCCCAGAAUCGAUAUUUGAGCUAAAACUGAGCUCUGGAGCAUUUUUUUGAAGGAAAAUUUGGAUUCUGGGGUCAAUUUUGAUCCCAGAAUCGAUUUUUGAGCCAAAAAUGAGCUCUGGAGCAUUUUUUGAAGGAAAAAUUGGAUUCUGGAGUCAAAAAUGAGCUCUGGAGCAUUUUCCGAGUGAAAAAUUGGAUUCUGGAGUGAUUUUUGACCCCGGAAUCGAUUUUUGAGCUAAAAAUGAGCUCUGGAGCAUUUUCUGAAUGAAAAAUUGGAUUCUGGAGUGAUUUUUGACUCCGGAAUCGAUUUUUGAGCCAAAAAUGAGCUCUGGAGCAUUUUUUGAAGGAAAAUUUGGAUUCUGGAGUAAAAAAUGAGCUCUGGAGCAUUUUCCGAGUGAAAAAUUGGAUUCUGGAGUGAUUUUUGACCCCGGAAUCGAUUUUUGAGCUAAAAAUGAGCUCUGGAGCAUUUUCUGAAUGAAAAAUUGGAUUCUGGAGUGAUUUUUGACUCCGGAAUCGAUUUUUGAGCCAAAAAUGAGCUCUGGAGCAUUUUUUGAAGGAAAAUUUGGAUUCUGGAGUAAAAAAUGAGCUCUAGAGCAUUUUUGAGCUAAAAAACUUGGAUUUCUAAUUAUUUUCAGUUGAAAGCCUAAUUUCGGCCUAAAAUCAGUCUAAGCUUUUUUGGGCUCAAAAUUUCCCAAUUUUCAUGCUGAAAAUCAAUUUCUGUCUGAAAUUUUCAGAUUUUUUUUCUGAAUUUACAUCUAAUUUUGCAGCCAUCAUAUUCAACAUUGGAAUUUCAACAAAAUGCUCAAGCUCAACAAAAGAACAGCUAUAAAAUGAAGCAAGAAAUGCGAAUGUCAAAACAAUGUAUUCGACAAUUGGAAGCGGCUCGAGCAAGAGCACGUUUAUUUGGAGAAGGAAAUGAGCAAGAAGAAACAUUUGAUAUUGUUAAUACCGAAGAAGGACCACAAGUGGUAUGAGCAAUUUGUGGGGUUGAAAAAUGAGCCAAAAAACGGUGAAAAUGCUCAAUUUUGAGCCUAAAUAUGUUGAAAUUCAUGAAAAUUGAGCCUGGAUAGGCCUAAAAGUGUUUUGGAGGGCCUAAAAGUACCUAGAAUUCUGACGAGCCUGAAAUAAAGGGUUUUCACCUGAGCAAGCCUAAUUUGAGCCUAAAAUUCAUGAAAAUGAGCCUGAACAGGUCUAAAAGUGUUUUGAAAGGCCUGAAAGUACCUAGAAUUUCGACAAGCCUAAAUAUAGGUAUUUUUAACAUGAGCAAGCCUAAAUUUUAUGAAAAAUGAGCCUGAGCAGGCCUAAGAAUCUUUUGAAGGGCCUAAAAGUACCUAGAAUUUUGACAAGCCUGAGCAAACCAAAUUAGCUUCUAUUUUUGCCAGGCCUAAAAUGAGCCUAAAAGAUUUUAGUAGGGUCUAAGAUUCAGCCUAAAUCUAAGGCCUAGAACGGGCCUGAGGCCUAAAUUUCCCCCAAAAAUCCAAAUUUUUUUGCAGAUUGCUCGAAAUGAUCCAGAAUGGAAAAUUCGAAAUCAAAAUUUGGAAGGAGCUGAAGCGGAGCCAAAAAAUGAUGAAAUUUAA